UUUGGUUGCCCUUGGGGUCGCGGAGGAAGGGCCGGGAGUCGGUAGACCCGCCGAUGUGAGACCAGACGAGCGCGCGCGCCUCGGUCGGCAAGGCAGAUCCCCGCCACCCGGCCGGCUCUCGAAGCGGCGAGAAGUGCCUGAGAGCCCUCGCUCCGACCGGUAAUCAAAGUGAAGUGCCCGGGGCUUAGUGAGAUGGCCUUUAUGAUGAAGAAGAAGAAGUACAAAUUCUCGGUGGAGGUCGACCUCGAGGAGUUGACCGCAGUGCCUUUCGUCAGCGCUGUCCUCUUCGCGAAGCUUCGCCUCCUGGACGGCGGAUCCUUCGUCGACCAUUCUACGAGGGAAGAAGUGCAAGAGCACACUGUCAGGUGGAACGCCAAGUUCGAGUUCCUCUGCAAGAUGAGUGCCAACGCAUCGACGGGUGUCCUCGACCCGUGCAUCCUGAGGAUAUCCGUCAGAAAGGAACUCAAGGGAGGCCGGUCCUUCCAGAAGCUCGGCUUCACGGACCUGAAUCUGGCGGAGUUUGCAGGAGCUGGACUGUGUAGGCGGAGAUGUCUCUUGGAAGGGUACGAUGCGAGACAUCGACAAGACAACUCUAUGUUGAGGGUUGCUAUAAAAAUGAACAUGCUGUCCGGUGAUAUCCUCUUCAAAGUACCCUCUCCAUCGUUGAAGCAAACUCAGUUGGCUGUGCCAGGUGUCCCGGGUGUACCUGGUGUCACCACCGACGAGGUCAUUGGACCAGAGAGAUGUAGCAAUCGAGAGGACUAUGUUUCCAGCGGUUCGUUGGCUGGUAGUAUAGCCAGUGCCAGCAGCGGCUUUGGAAGUCUUCCCAAGAAGAGACCAGCCCUUUUCUCUUCUGAACUUAUCAGUGGGACUGAACUGUACGAUCCAAUGACUUUAAGUGAGAUCGUUCCAUCGGCUCUUCCAGUAGAGUGUUUGGCAGAGGCACACACGGAGUCAGGACAUUCUCGAAACAGUAGCAAUACGAGUCAACUUAGUAAAGGCUCUGGCUACGGUUCCUUAAAUUCUCACAGUCAACAUAGUAGGCAAAGCAGUAGCGGCGACAGUGGUCACAUCAGGUCACCUUCCUGGCCGGUAUGGGCACCACGCCUCCCGACCCUGGCCCAAAACCAAAACCACACGAGCAAACUCGAGUCCAAUCCCGAGACCAUGUCCCCACCCUCGCCUUUCGUCAAUCCGCACCCCAGGAGUCGAUUCUGGUCGACGUCCAGUCCACUCUCCUCCCGGCGACCCGACUUGGAGAAAGCUCGCGCUGCGAGUGGCGGGCUCGUCGAGGCGAAAAUCCGGAACGGUACGGUGGCGCCACCUCUCGGCGUCGCCGUCAAUCGGGAGGCGCUCGGCGGAGUUGGCGGCGCCACCGUCGCGCCCGGGAAUUUUCGAAUGCCCGACGCGCCCCGACACUCGCGGAAGGGCCACGAGAAGAGCAAUCUAGAGAGCCGGAACGAGCGCAACAGACUCGCGAACGGUCACGGCUCGAAAACCGCCAAGCCAAAAAUCGGCCAGGCUAGCUGGCGCGGCAUCUCGAAAACCUGCGAUUGCAUUGAGAAGGGCAAGAUUAGCCCGGUCCUCCGAUUGGCCGACCAGCCCAGGGCCGUGUCCUCUCCCGAUCCCCUACACAGGCCCGAUACCCCCCGAGCCUCGCUUCUUUCUGCCACGGCGGCCUUGACCCUCAGGGGAAUCGGCGGCAGUCACCGGAAGUUGCUGGACGGUACAGGGGGAAAAUUAGCAACCGUGGCCACCAGCCCUGACUCCGAAGAGUCUCCUUUAGGAGUACCGGAAGUCGCACCUACGACCGCACAGCACCGAAACAGCAUUACCCCACCGAAUCCCUCCGGUGGGUCUGGACUCAGCGAGACCGGAUCUUUGGACAGAGCUAAAGCCGCUCUCGAGCGCAGAAAGAAGGCCGAAGAUGGGGCCGGAAAUCCGAUUCUCUGUAGGGUCGAGGUGACGAGACCAAAUCCGGAUUCUCUGAUCGACGAGCUGCUGAAAGCGACGAAUCUGGAGCAAUCGGAUCUCGAGAGUGCCGAAACUUCCGGUCUGCAGCUCUUUAUCGCAAAGGACGGGACGACGGCUCUUGGGAGCCACGAAGUAAAAAGUCAAAUGCCCGCGGGAGUGUUCAAACAAGUCGUCAUGGAAGAGAACAACAGGUAACACGAAGUUACCACUUCUCGUCGACAGUAUUCGAGGCAAACGACGUCCAGCUUCUCCUUGGCGCUGGUACCGGAACUCGUCUACGAAGCCUGCGAGCCCCGGUAGUGACGAGCCUAGAAAAUGGAUUAAAAAGGCGACUUGGCCCCGAGGAGCGUCCAAGAUCGCCAGGGAAAUUCACCCUUCCGUUUCGUCGAGCAUCGAGGCGAGGAAAAAAUGGCGAACCAUUCUGCUCGAGGUCAUCGUCGCUUCCGGCUGCUCUAAGAUCAAUGGGAAUCGCCUCGGCUCCUGUGAACCCCCGAUUUAAAAUCGGCGUCAUGGAACAUGGAUCGUCAGGGGGUCUUCUAAAUCUCCAAAACUCGUUCUCUUUACCCUGGAGGUAUCGGAGUAUUCACCAGUCCAAUCCAGAGAAGAUAAGACUGCGUCGUUGAGGACUCCCCGCAAAACCACGGAGCGAUGCACCAAAGGAGGACUUCGUUGACCUUGUAGCUGGGCUCUAGAAACGAAGGAACAUUUUUACAGAUGAACGCUUCUUAACGUGGACAGUCAACACUUCCACAUUUCGAUGGUGUAGGAUGAGAUCCUUUUUCUAAGUAACAGGGAUUUCAUUUUUAGUAAAUCCAUUCGUUUCGAUUUAGGCUUACUUUGCUGAGAGAUCAAAAUCGCGGUAUUUAGUAGCGAAGGAAUUGUUAUUCGGCAGAAGUUUUAAGACUCUAUCGAACAGCCAUUGCGAUUCGUCUCGUGGUCCCGAAUCCGUCUAAGUGGAGUGGCUUUUAACCGUCGAAUUUGUGUGGUUAUUUCUAAAAAUGUUUCUGGACGUUCUUUCACUCCGAUGAUCUCCGUCUCGAUGGGCAUUGGCCGUCGAUUUAAAGGAAAUAUGCUGCUUACUUAUAAAACGUAGUCGGAGGGUGGAGGCUCGUGAUAACUUAACGUCGCGUAGCGCAGAAACGAGGAUACCGUUAAUUCACGAUUCGUCUAAGCAAGGACGUGCUUAAACAAUAAACUACAAAGGCGAAAGAUUCUAUGGGAGGAGCAAAUGGAGUAGCAACGAGUGAGAAAUCUCAAAGGAUGCAUAUUUUCUUCCUACGUGGAAAUUCGAGGCACAAGAACGCCGCGCCGUCUUCGCGCGCGCGCGAGCCGAACGUGUUUAGUCAAUACUUUAGCGAGACGCUAAAUUGUAAGUAAUAAACGGUAGCUGUAAAGGAGACAACUUAAAGAAUACACAAGCGAUCGGGUGUGACGAAGUUAUAAAUGUUAACCGAUGUCGAAGCUGUGCGUGCACCAACGCUUCUCUUUCCCUGUGCUCUUCGGCUUUCCUUUAAAUCAGGCAAUAGUCACCAACUGUUUCGAUGUUCAUCUCAGGGGGAUCCUCUUACAGGACUCCCGUAUUGUUGCUUGUCCAAUUCCUAGCGUGUUUCGGGUCCUCGUGCGACAGUAAAUUGCUCAAACUCGACGUAGUCUGCGAGUUCCGUGACUCUUCGGUCGAUCAACCGUUGUCAGUUCUCAACGUCUCCAAAGCUAGCAGAGCCACAUCAGCAGACCCAUAUAAAUUAUACAUCAAAAUUUAUUGCCUUUUUAUUGCUUUUUUGUUAUACAAAUUUCAAUUUUAUUGCUCCAGCCGUUUUCGAAAAAUCGAGGGCUCUGCCAGCUUUUCAUCAAAGCUGGCAGAGCCAUUUAAUAAUUUGCUGAAAAUUAAAAAAUAAGUAGCGUAUAAUGUAGUAAAAAUGUAUUGCUUAUUUAUUGCUUAGUUUAGAAUUUUAUUGCUCUAUCCCCCGGGCACCAAACUCACCCCCUUUAAACAUCCAAGGGGGACCUGCUGAUCUUGCCUACCUUACCACUCCUUUUACGGAAUCAAAUGAAUAGAAUAAUUAAACAGUACCUUCCUAAACUAACGGAAAAUUUAUUGCUCCAUUCACGGCACCAGAGGACAACCCUCGGUAAACGAAAACCACCCUUCUUAAAGUUACAAUAGGUUCUCAUUGUUUCUCAGUCCAGUACCACCAUUUUAAUCGAGUUAAAUUAAACAAUUAAUUAGUCAAUACCUUCGUUUCUUUUUCGAAAACAGCUGGAGCAAUAAAAUUGAAAUUUGUGUAACAAAAAAGCAAUAAAAAAGCAACAAAUUUUGAUGUUUAAUUUAUGUGGGUCUGCUGAUGUGGCUCUGCUAGCUUUGGAGACGUCAGUCCUCAACCUAACGUAUCUGGCUCUUUUGGACGCAGGACGAUUCGCUCUUCAGAUGUUUUCUGCUAACGAGCUUCUUUUCUAGCAAUAGGAUUCCGAUUUAAUUUUCUACAUAACGCUGCUGUAUAAAAUAUUUCUACGUAACGCAGGCAUGGUUUAACCAUGGUUUUUUUAAGUUGGCCUUUUUGCUCCUCCGCGUCUGCGCAAAAGGACGCGUAAACUGUUUUUGUUACAUAAAGUAUCGCGUGUAGUAUUACGCAUUUAUGCUGCCAAGAAGUAAUUGUAGUAGCCGAGUAAAUCUCUGAUGGAAGCUUUUCAAAAGAAAAAUAAUUGUUAGGGCAUAAUCAUGUUCACUGUAAUCGUAAGAUAUUUCCGCAACUGUACGAUUCUUAAAUAUUCGUUAGUAGUUGAAACUACCAUUUAUGUCAAUCCUUGUUGUUUUUAAACUAAACUUUAUUUUCACUCUAUUUGGAAUACCCCAUUUGAAGGGCAAUUUGAUUAAUUGCGUUUAUUCACUAGCUGGGAAUGAGAUCAGUUAAUUGUCAUUGAUUAUUUGCGAUAAUAUCUUCAAAAAUAGUUCCUAAGAGUUGGCAAAAAGCGGCUGAACAGAUUUUGAAAAGGAAAACGACGAUCCUUCCCAAUCGAAUUAUUCGAUCAUGUUGCGAACCGUCCUGACUCGUCCUUAAACAACUCCGAAAAUUCAACAGUUGGUGCAUCCGGCUGUUCAAUAGCAAUUUGUAUAUAUAGCAUAGUAAUUGUUAUGUAGCUAAAUGGCUGGUGUUGUAUACAUUCUCCGUAUAAAAAAAAAAGAAAUUAAUUGUACCGCAACAGAUAUGACAUUACGCACGUGCGGACGCCUGUACGAUAUGUGGUUUGUGUACAAUGUGGUAUAAAAGGAUGCUGCGUAAAUGUGCCCAAGAUCAAUUGACGAUGUCGCGGAUUUAUCAAUUAUUAACAUUUUAACAAGUGCUCCCAGAAAUUGCGCUUUCGGUCGUUCUAAAGUUUCGCGAUCCAGUCGGACUGCGGGGAAAGUGUGAAAAGUCAGUAAUCGAGUGUAUGCGCCAGUGGAAAAGGGAAUACAAAUUACGUAUAAUGUAUACAUACGCAAUAUCUGGAAUCUAUAUAUAAUUUUGUCAUAAGAUGCAUACAUUUUGUUUAUUAUUUCAUACAACUUUCGUUGAAAUUACGAGACCGCUUAAUUAUACGUCAUGGCCUGAAACAAAUCAAGAAACAGAAGGGAUUUAAAUCGAGAUAAAUUUUUAGUAUCAUUGUUUUAAUAUCAUUGGAUAUACAUUAGAAAAGUCAGAAAUGUACGAUAUUUAUUACAGUAGACAUCACGAUUUAACCCUUUAGUUACGAAGCGCCACUAUAUUGGGCUCCACCUGGCACUUUUUUUUUUACAAAGCGCUAUUAUAGCCCCACUUUAUUUUCAUAUAAUCAAGGUGACAAAUGAAUAUCGUAUUCAUGUCAAAUAUUAGCACAUCGUGGCCGAGCUAUCCGUACAGGCGGUACAGAUCCACGUCCGACAUCGCCGUAGUUAAAGGGUUAAACACUCUUAUAAGUGACUCUGCCUACACUAUCUACGAACGAUGUAAAAGUUCUACGAGGACGUUAUAUUUCCAAGAUAUUCGUUAUGCAUAAUCGGUAUAACUUUUUCCCAGUCAGGCAGGACAUUGGUGCGCGCUUUUCUUCAUGUAUUGCAACCCCAAGUGCCAUUUUGUUUAAUUAAUUGUAAUAUAUUCAUCGCUUGACUCCGAGGUGGAAUUGACGCGGAAUAUGAAAUUUCAAAAGCCUCGCCGAUAAUCCGAGUCUAAUGCAGAAAACAUGCCGACUUAGAUUUGAGUUAAGCCGGUACUUUCAACGUAACGACCGGUAUCCGAUUAUUAAAGCUGAAAACCAGUAGUUCGUAUGUGACAGUAUUGCGACAUCCAUUCGGAAAUCAAUUAUAUCCGAGUGCGAUAUGUAUUUUCACUGUUUUUAGGUUCUCCUUUUUCUUUUUUCUUUCUUAUGCUACCGCUACGGUAUUCUUGUACUAUACACUUACACUGAAUUACUGAGUUUCAUACGAUUGCUGCGUGCCCGCGCCUCGUGUAGGAUGCGCUGUGUAGCGGAAAUUAUUUUUGCAAUAACUCGCGUAUAUAAGUUCUUAUUUAUGACGUGGUCCGAGAGCGUUACUACUUUGUCCAGACCAAUGUUCGAGGUCGGAUGGACAUUAAUUUAUUUUAGGCGAAUUUAAGCCCCCGGAAGAGUACGAGAAAUCCUCCACUUUUUUUUCCCCCUCUUUUAUACGUUAACGGGAGAAGGAAGCAUUAUUUUUCUUGCCAAAAUGAAUGGAAAAGGUCUCCGCGCGCAGAUUGCUAAUAGACGAGCAAGUUUUUCAUACCAGAGAUUUAAUUUUCACUUAGUCACGUAAAUGGCGACUGAUUGCGAUUACUUGGAAAUGUUUGGCCACCAUUAAAUUACAAUUUUAAGAGAGCUACGCGCGGAGGAUUUCUGCAUUUAUGGCAAGAUGGAUAUUACUGUUGUGAUAUUUUACAAUAUCGUAAUAAUACCCGUUAUUACUGUAUUAUCGAGUGUAUUAUAUUAUUACUCUUAAUUGAAGAUGGCUCGAAGGCUUGGAACGCGCCUGCAAAGGCGUUCGAAGGCUUUUUUUCGUCAAUUUCUAUGAUUUUUCGUUGUUGACUACUUAGUCCGUCUAUCUAUGCGAAGGAUGCGAACUUCCAUGUGCUCUGAUAAUAACAUCUUGAAAAAAUCCGGAA